AUGAAAGGUGACCUGCUUCUGCUCUGUGGCGCGAUUGUCCUGCUCCAGGGGGUGUGCGGCUGCCCGGAGAAGUGCCGCUGUCACUCAUCCUCACAUUCUGUAGACUGCAGCCAGCAGGGUCUGGCUGAAAUCCCUUCUGAUUUGCCUCCGCAGACUCUAACGCUGCACUUGCAAGAUAACCAGAUACAGCGGCUUCCUGCUUUCGCGUUUAGGUCAGUGCCCCAGCUAACGACCCUGAACCUGUGCAACAAUUCCCUUUCAAACCUGGCCCCCGGAGCUUUCCAGGGACUUCAUCACUUGAAGGUCUUAAACCUAACCCAGAACUCCCUGCACUCUCUGGAAAGCAGACUUUUCCACUCCCUCCCACAGCUGAGGGAGCUUGAUUUGUCAUCAAACAACAUAACCCACCUUCCCACCUCCCUGGGUAAGGUUUGGGAGAACCUAACCGUAUUUGCAGUUCAACAAAACCAGCUUCAGCAGCUUGAUCGAGCACUCCUAGAAUCCAUGCCCAGUGUGAGGCUUUUAUUUCUCAAGGACAACCUCUGGAAAUGCAAUUGCCACUUGCUCAGUCUUAAACUCUGGCUGGAGAAAUUUAUCUAUAAAGGGGGAAUAACAGAUAGUGUCAUCUGUGCAUCACCGGACACCUGGAAGGGAAAGGAACUCCUGAAGAUCCCUCAUGAGCUGUAUCAGCCCUGCCCUUUCCCUUCUCUGGAUGUGGGGUCCUUGAGGGGACAGCAGCUGGGUUCUGCCCACCAGCCUGUCCCCAAGCCUCCUGAGAGCCACAGCACAGGGGAGCGAGACCACCCAGAGUGUGAGCUCAAACCCAAGCCAAGGCCGGCCAACCUGCGUCACGCUGUGGCCACUGUUAUCAUCACUGGGGUUGUGUGCGGGAUCGUGUGUCUCAUGAUGUUGGCGGCUGCCAUCUACGGAUGCACCUAUGCAGCUGUCACAGCCCAGUACCAUGGGGGACGCUUGGCUCAGACUAAUGAGCCUGUGAAGAUGGAAGGAAAAGAGCUGUAUGACAGCUCACCAGCCUGA